AUGGAAUAUCAAAAUUGUCCAUUGAGACAGACUCAUAACGAUGAUGAGCUUAAAGACUUUGGAAUUAUAUUCGUUUUCAACAAUGUCAUCAACUUUCUUCAUCCCCUUGUGGAAGGCAACGUCGCUGUUGAGGCAGAAAAAGAAAACUUUGUUAGCUCAGAUAAUGUUUUAAUAUCUUUGUAA